GUAGCAGCACACACAAAUAGUGUUAGAGAAUAAACAAAAAAAAUAUAUAUUUUCGAAAUAAAUGAAAAUUAUAACCAAAAUAUUCAUAAAUUAAAUACAACAAUAUAUAUAUAUUUUUUUUAAAAAAAAGAAAAGUAUUUCAAAUAAACAAAACUGCGUUAUUAUUGUACGUGCAAUUUGGCGAAAAAAAUCGUUUAAAAUAACGUGUACGCUGUAAUUGUUUGUCAUAAACUAAUAAGUUUUAUUGUCGAAAAAACAACAAUGUCAAAAAAUAUUCAAAUUGCAAACAAAUAGUAGAAAAAUGCAAUGAUAAUUUUAAAAUUAGUUGAAAAUUGAAGCUUAAUUUAAAAGGUUUAUGUAAACCAACAAGGCCAACAAAAAAAAACGGAAAUUAAAAAAAUUAAAAAUUGUUUGAAAUGAAAUAACAAUGUUUAAUAAAUAAUAACAAAACUAUAUAACUGAAAGUGAAAUUAAAAAAAAAUAUUCAAAUUUUUAAAAAAAAAAAUUUAAACUAAAAACAACUUUAAAAAUUUACUGUGUAAUUCAAAAUAUCUUUCAAAUAUUUCUAAAAAAAAUGACCAUUCGAAAAAUUUCCCAAAACCAUGUUGUAUCCUUUCUUUGCCGCAAAUAUUUGGAAAUUAUAACCUUCAUCACAUUAGUUGCCUUGUUAUGUGUGCUCCUAAGCACACAAUUUCUAACAUCAUACCAAACAUUAAAAGUUAAUUAUGUUACUACAACAAAUAUAUCUCAAUUCGCAAUGCCUCAUACAAAAGAAGUGGAGAAAACAGUGAAAAGUAAUUUAAAUCUCAUUUCAAUAAAGUCGCAGUCUGAAACAAUUGAAAACGAAAACGAGUUACCCUUAAAAACGCAACUAAAAAAUAUCUUAAAUUGUCGUGACAUUCCUCUGAGCAUGGAGAAGAUGCAGUAUGGCCAGUAUUGGUUGAUUAAGAAUUAUAUACGUGGCCGCAGAAGUACGGAAAUGGGUUGUGCCGAGUCCAUAACAUACACCACAAAUGGAGAUUAUACGUUUAUGGAGAAUUUACCAACAGUUGUAAAGCGUUGGUCUGCUCCCGUUAGCUUUGCAAUUUAUGCACCCGGUGAUGACUACGAUGUCACCAUGGACUCCAUACUCUAUGCUCUCAAUUGUCUGCCUGAAAGUGAACUUAUACGAGAUUAUGUCACAUUUCACAUCUACUUCCCCAAGAACCAUCUGCCCUCCUUUAUAGCCAAAAACGAAAAUGAAGCCCUACAAUGGCCCUACGAUUGUGAGCUGCAGGCUCCCUACUCAAAUGUUAAUCGUUCGGAAAUGUACAAGACCAUGAAAAAUCUAACGUAUCCCAUAAAUGUUGGUCGUAAUAUUGCUCGGAAAACCGCCAAUACAUAUUUCAUAUUUGCCUGUGAUAUAGAGCUCUAUCCCAGUUUGGGUUUAGUGGACAAAUUUCUGGAAAUGGUGAUAAGAGAUCCAUCGGCUGUUUUGGAGGGUGAAAAACCUAAGGUUUUUGUUUUGCCCGUCUUUGAAGUGCAAAAAAAUGCUACCCUACCGGAUAAUAAAGAGCAGUUACAGCAUAUGUUAAACAAGUCUAUGGCCAUACCAUUUCAUAAAUUUGUAUGUUCGAAUUGUCAUUUGGUGCCCAAACAAAAGGAAUGGGUAAAGGCCAAUAGCAGCGAUGAACUGGAAGUAUUUACUGUGGGCAAACGUUAUGAUAAGUUUCUUUAUUGGGAGCCCUUCUAUAUUAGCGACAACAAAGAGCCCAUUUUCGAUGAACGUGUCACUUGGGAGGGUCAAUCGAAUAAACGUAUACAAAAUUAUGCCAUGUGUUUGAUGGACUAUGAAUAUCACAUUUUACAUCCUGCCUUUCUGGUACAUGCACCCGGUAUUAAAGUGCUGAAUGUAAAGUCUAAUGAGACCAAAACAAGAUGGAAUUAUGCAGCGGCUAUGAAUAAGGUUAUACGUCGUGAAAUUAUGCCCGAAUAUGCAGUGCUGUUUGGUAAAAAUAAACGUUGUGCGGUGUAGAGGGGAGGGGAUAGAAAAAAAUUAUAUGGUUUCUGAAAUCUGAAAAAUGUUCAUAGUUAAGUAAAAUAUUAAGUUGUAUUAACUGAAAAAGCUAAUGCAGCCGUUUUUUGCCUUAAAUAGUUAAGUAAAGUCAUGAAUUGCGAAUAUUUUACAUGAUGUAAAUAGUGUGUAGACAAUGUAAAUAAAAUAAAUAACGAAAU